UUUGAUAAAUGAGAGUGUAAACGACAAAUUGUCAAUUUGAUACUUGAACAGUAAAUGAAUCAAUAUUCAUGUUGUUUAAAAUAUUUUAUUUAGCGUAAUUUUAAACAUAUAAAAGUGUGUAAUUACAAUUAUCAACAAUUAUGGAUAUCUUACCCAAUCAUUUUCGAGUUUGCAAUAUAUUCGGCUUGUGGUAUACUGAUCAUCAUUAUUUCUUUGCUAAAAUGACUUGGAGAUUUAUAGUAUUUUCCAUCCUCGGGUUAUUUAACUUGAGCCAAAUUAUAGAAUUAGCUGUGAAUCGUGGAAAUAUUAACGAAAUGAUAGAAGUUUUAUUUCAUGCAAUAACAUACAUUGGUUUACUCUUAAAAUUAUUCAAUUUCGUAUUACGUCAAGAUGAAAUGUGGGAUAUUCUUGAAGACUUUCGAUCUAAGGCUUGUCAACCAAUGACACAAGAGGAGAUAAAAAUAAUUGAAAAGCGUUCAACCGACAUCAAGAAUAUAUACCUGUUUGUGAUGAUUUUGUCUUUGUCAUGUGGCUUUACCAUGUUAAUUUCAGCAAUGCUAAGUUUUUUUCGUAAUGAGUUUAAUUUACCGUUCAAAGUUUAUAAUCCUUAUGAUAUUACAAAUCCUAAAAAUUAUAUGAUUUCCUACUGUAUACAAAUAUUUGCAACAAUCGUUGGAGUAAUUUUGAACGUCUCAAUGGAUACUAUGGCCUAUGCCUUCAUCAUAUUAGUAACUUGUCAACAUGAAAUAAAUAGUAGCCGAUACUUGAAUUUCACCACACCGAUUAAGAUCUGUGUUGAGCAUCAGAUUUUAUUGAAAAAGCUCAAUGUAAAAAUUCAAGACUUUUUCAUAAGAGUUGUGGCUCCACUUUUCUUCUUUAGUCUCAUAACCUUAGGUGCUAGUAUUCUUCAAAUGUCCCAGAUUAGUGUGGCUAAUCUCCAAUUUGUAUCAUUACUCCUAUAUCUUGGUUGCAUGUUAUCACAAGUAUUUUUUUAUUGUUGGUAUGGAAAUGAACUUCUACUAAAAAGCCAAAAUGUUAUGGAUAAAAUCUAUGAAAGUGAUUGGUAUGAUUAUGAUAGUCAGGAAAGAAGGAAUUUGUGGUUUGCUAUGCUUUCGGGACAAGAAGGAUUUUAUAUUUCAUAUCAUGGUGUAUGUCGAUUAUCUUUGAAUACCUUUAUAUGGGUUAUAAAAACAUCGUAUGCAGCUUUUAAUUUAUUAAAAAUACUCAAAGUAGAUAUGGAUUUAUUGCCAUUAAAUUUUCAAACGCUUACUUAUUGUGGUCUCUGGUUAGAAAAUACUAAUAGAUUUGCUACUUUGAAAAAAUAUUGGGGGUAUAUAGUAAGAACGAUAAUUUUUUAUUUCACUAUAACAGAAGUUAUAGAACUUUAUAUGCUGAAGGAUGUUUUAGAAGAAGUUAUCGGUGUGAUGUUUUUAACUGUAACCUUUAUCUGUUUAUGUUUAAAAAUAUUAAAUUUUAGUAUCAAAAAACCCAAAUUAAAGAAACUAUUGCAAUGUUUUCGCGAAGAUUUCUGCAAAACUGCGUGUGCAGAAGAAAAUACCCUUAUGCAGAAAUACGUAAUCCAACACACACAAAUUUUCAAAAAUAUUUUAGUAUUAUCACAAUCUACUGGAGUAAUUUUUUGUCUUAUACCUUUUAUCACUCUGAAACCUACAGACUUCGUUCCACCUUUCAAAACUUAUCAGUUUUACGAUGACUCAACAACUAUUGGAUUUUCUGUCACUUGUGUUAUACAUUUUUUGGCAGCAGUUUUUGGGGUUUUUAUUAACGUUUCUAUGGAUACUAUGAUAUACGGCUUUAUUAUUUUAGCCACAUUCCAGUUUGAAUUAGUAAGUUAUAGAAUAAUUAAAUCAAUCAAUAGUAAAGAUAAAGAUACUUUCAGACAAAAUAUUAUCCAUCAUAUACACAUUAACAAAAUAGUUUAUAAAGUUAAGGAAGUUUUUAUCAGUGUUGUCGUACCACUUUUCAUUUUGAGUUUAUUAACUUUAUGUGCCAGUAUUUUCCAGAUGGUACAGAGCGAUAUUACAGGCGUUGAGUUUUUAGGAUUGGCUAUGUACUUAUUGUGUAUGCUUGCUCAAGUAUUUUUAUACUGUUGGUAUGGAAACGAAUUAAAACUAAAGAGUGAAGUUAUUGUAAAGAAUAUUAGUCAGUCAGAUUGGAUAGAUUUGGAUCAGAAACAGAAAAAAGUCUUGUACUUUAUUUUGAUGUUUGCCAAUAAAAACUGCUAUCUUUCUUGGAAAGGACAAUGUUCUUUAGCCCUGGAUACUUUUGUUUGGAUUAUGAAAACAUCAUAUUCUGCAUUUAGCUUAUUGCAAAGUGCUUCUGAUGAGAAUAAAUAA